GUUAAGACGUGAUUUGAAUUGAAUCGUUGUGUAAAUCACACAAAAAUCAUAACUGCAAGAAACAGAAAAAACGGAUUUGUGUAAAGCCAAACAAUUCAACCAACCACAGUAGAAGACACAUUUAAGGCGAUUUGCAAUCUGUUAUUUUCCAUGUUUAAAACAACAACAACACAAAAACCAAACCGUGUUCUAAACGGGAGUAUCAUAAAAAAAAACACCAAUCUUGAAUAAUUUAAAGUGAAUCACAUUCUGGAAUACAGAGAAAUACGACUUCUGGACUUAAUACAUUAUGGCAAAUUAGCUGUCGAGAAAACAUUUAAAAAAAAAAACGACAACAAAUGCUUUUUUUCUGGAGUUCUAUGAAAUUCGAUUCCCCUUUUUUUCAUAUAAAUACCGGUUCUAGCUUGAAAAAUCCUGGAAUAGUGGAAUUGUGCUCAUUGCGAUUGGUAGCUAUAGCCAAAGACGAGUUUUUUAAGGACUUUAAGGAAACAAAGAAUCCAUUUAUAGCCAUGCAUUUUUGUAAACUCAUCACCAUACUACUUGUCGCCAUCAUGUGCUGUGAUUUAUGUGCCGCUCUCUUCUUUAAACCUUGGAUUAAAAGUUUCAAGAAAUCUCUGCUAUAUGGUUAUGGAGGUUCCCGUGGUUAUGGAUAUGGCUACAAUAAUCCCUAUGCUUAUGGCUAUAAUCGUUACAACAACUACAACAAUUAUGGUUACUAUGGCGGAGGAGGACGAUAUGGAUCCUACUAUGGUUCCCACAGACAAGGACAUCGUACCGGGCGUACUUAUAGCGAUAUUGCCAGAGUGAUAAAUCCCAAUCCAUAUGCCUUUGUUGGCUCAAGACCAUAUCCGGCACAGCCUUUUUAUCCUAUUGGUGGAUAGUUGCAGAUUAAUUUCUAUUUCUAAGUAGAGAGUGAUGCUUGUAGUUUUAAGAUUAGUCCAUAAAUAAACAUUGAAGAACAA